GGGGAGCGGGGCCGGCUGCCGGCAUGGCCCGCGGCGAGAGGCGACGGCGCGCGGCGGCUGCGGAGGGGGCGCGGCCGCAGGACAGGGCGCGGGGCGGCGGGCGGCGGGCCGGCGGGGCGCGCGCGGCGGGCCGGGCGGCGCUGGCCGCGCUGGCGCUGGCGCUGGCCUUGGGGCUGGCGGGGCGCUGGGUCCCGGCCUGGCUCCGUGCGCGCCGCGCGCUCACGCUGCACCCCGCGCCGCCCGCGCUGCCCCCCGGCUCCUCCAGCCCCGCCGUGGCCCCGGAGCUCUUCUGGGGCACCUACCGUCCCCACGUCUACUUCGGCAUGAAGACUCGCAGCCCCAGACCACUGCUCACGGGGCUGAUGUGGGCGCAGCAGGGCGCUGCCCCAGGGGCCGCUCCUAAGCUCAGGCACACGUGUGAACAGGGCGACGGCGUGGGCCCCUAUGGCUGGGACUUCCACGACGGCCUCGCCUUCGGCCGGCAGCGUAUCAGCGACGGGGCCUUAAGGCUCACCACCGAGUUCGUCAAGAGGCCCGGGGGUCAGCACGGAGGGGACUGGAGCUGGAGAGUGACCGUGGAGCCGCAGGCCCCGGGUACCUCUUCCCUCCCUUUGGCGUCCCUGUUCUUCUACGUGGUGACAGAUGGGCACGAAGUCCUCCUACCAGAGAUUGGAGCCAAAGGGCAGCUGAAGUUCAUCAGUGGCCACACCAGUGAGCUUGGUGACUUCCGUCUUACACUUCUGCCACCAACGGGUCCAGGAGACACUGUCCCUAAGCAUGCCAGCUACAACGUCUUCUGGUCCUCCAACCCUGGGCUGCCGCUGCUCACAGAUGUGGUGACCAGCCGCCUGAACAGCUGGUUUCGGCACCGGCCACCAGGGGCCUCUCCUGACCGCUACCUCGGCUUGCCUGGGUCUCUGAAGUGGGAGGACGGAGGCCCUAGUGGGCAAGGACAGUUCUUGAUACAGCAGGUGACCCUGCGAGCUCCCUUCUCUGUGGAGUUCAUAUUUGAGUCUGGCAGUGCCCAGGCGGGAGGGAACCAAGCCCUCGGGCCGUUGGCAGGCAGCCAGCUGACCCGGGCCCUGGAGGGACACGUGGCAGCUUUCCAGGAGCGUUUUGAGAGGACCUUCCAGUUAAACGGAAAGGGCCUGAGCCCCAAGGAGCAGGUUUUGGGUCAGGUUGCCCUCAGUGGCCUCCUUGGUGGGAUUGGCUAUUUCUAUGGGCAGGGUUUGGUGUUGCCAGACACUGGAGUGGAAGGGUCUGAGCAGAACGUGGACCCUGCCCUAUUCCCGCCCGUCCCUCUCUUCUCUGGAGUCCCUUCCCGGUCAUUCUUCCCACGAGGCUUCCUUUGGGAUGAAGGUUUUCACCAGCUAGUGGUCCAGCGAUGGGAUCCCCGCCUCACCCGGGAGGCCCUGGGCCACUGGCUGGGGCUGCUCAAUGCUGAUGGAUGGAUCGGGCGGGAGCAGAUACUGGGGGAUGAGGCCCGAUCCCGAGUGCCCCCAGAAUUCCUAGUGCAGCGUGCAGCCCACGCUAACCCCCCAACCCUGCUCUUGCCAGUGUUGCGGAUGUUAGAAGGCGGCGACCCUGAUGACCUGGCCUUCCUCCGGAAGGCGUUUCCCCGCCUGCAUGCCUGGUUCACUUGGCUCCGUCAAAGCCAGGCAGGGCCGGUGCCACUAUCCUACCGAUGGCGAGGCAGGGACCUGGCUUUGCCUACCCUACUGAAUCCUAAAACGCUGCCGUCCGGCCUGGAUGACUACCCCAGGGCCUCACACCCCUCCACAGCGGAGCGGCACCUGGAUCUGCGGUGCUGGGUGGCACUGGGUGCCCGAGUGCUGUCACGGCUUGCGGAGCAGCUUGGGGAGGCUGAAGCCGCUGCAGAGCUGGGCCCUCUGGCUGCCUCCCUGGAAGAACCCAAGAGUCUGGACGAGCUGCACUGGGCUCCCGAACUGGGGGUCUUUGCUGACUUUGGGAACCACACAAAAGCGGUACAGCUCAAGUCCAGGCCUCCUCAGGGGCUGGUCAGGGUGGUGGGCCGGCCUCCGCCUCGGCUGCAGUAUGUGGAUGCCCUGGGCUAUGUCUCGCUGUUUCCAUUCUUGCUACAACUGUUGGACCCCCGCUCACCCCGCUUGGGGCCCCUGCUAAGUGUCCUGGCUGACAGCCACCAUCUCUGGAGCCCGUUUGGGUUGCGCUCCCUGUCAGCCUCCAGUCUCUUUUACAGACAGCGCAAUUCUGAGCAUGACCCCCCUUACUGGCGGGGUGCUGUGUGGCUGAACAUCAACUACCUAGCUUUGGGGGCACUCCACCACUAUGGGCGUGUGGAGGGUCCCCACAAGGUUCAGGCCUCCAAGCUCUACCAUGAACUCCGUGCCAAUGUCGUGAGCAACAUAUGGCAGCAGUACCAGACUACAGGGUUUCUGUGGGAGCAGUACAGUGACCAGGAUGGGCGGGGCUCGGGCUGCCGCCCCUUCCACGGAUGGACAAGCCUGGUCUUACUGAUCAUGGCUGAGGAGUACUGAAGGGACUGGACAGAAGCUGGGCCUCUGGUGUCACUUGCAAGCCGAGAGACAAGGUCUCUGGUCUCAGGUGUCUCCUUCUCCAUCCCAUACAGCUCUGGGGUGAAUGUGAACUCAAGAGUCUAUUUUUCUAAAUAAACUGGAAAAU